AUGGAGACCGGACUGUUGUGGUUCUGCAACUGGAGCACGCUAGUCGUGUGCGCCGCGCUCAAGCUACCGCAAAUCGCUGCCUUGCUGGCUGCGCGCAGCGCGCAGGGCAUCAGCCUCCCGAGUUUACUUCUGGAGCUGGCCGGGUUUCUGGUGUUCCUCAGGUACCAACAUUACUACAGUUACCCACUGCUGACAUACCUGGAGUACCCCAUUCUCAUAAUACAAGAUAUCAUCCUCCUACUCUGUGUCUUUCAUUUUAAUGGGAAUGUGAAACAGGCUGUUCCAUACAUGGCUGUGUUUUUAUCUUCUUGGUUCGUCCUCACGCUGCAGAAGUGGAUUAUAGAUCUGGCUAUGAAUUUAUGUACCUUCAUUAGUGCAGCCAGUAAGUUCGCUCAGCUCCAGUACCUGUGGAAGACAAAGGACUCGGGAGCUGUGAGUGCCCUGACGUGGAGCCUCUCUUCUUACACCUGUGCAACAAGAAUAAUAACAACUUUAAUGACCACCAGUGAUCUUACAAUUCUUAUACGUUUUGUGAUCAUGCUGGCUUUCAAUGUAUGGGUAACAGCUACAGUACUUCGUUACCGGAAGACACCAGUAAAGGCUGAGUGA